UUCAGGCGGCCCCAAAACAGCUACAACAACGAAUUGGUAUGAAACCAUCUCUAGCAGAUUGUCUGGAUGCGCUAAGCCUUAUUUACGAGAUGCACCAAUCAGAGUACAUUCUUAAAGCAUCAAUUGUAUUAGCACUUUCAGCACUUGCCUUGAAGCCCAGUGGCAGUGAUCUAGGUGCUCUCCAACAACUCUUGGUUGAUCAACCAAACAUCCCCAAAGAGGAAGUGCAAUCCAUAUUUGACAUCGUGUUUGCUGAAGAAAUAUGUUGAUCUUCUACUUCUUGAUGAUCACAAAUCUUGGUUCUAUGAGAGAGAAAAGGCUGAUGAAUGCUACAUGCAUUUUGAUUUUAGAUAACAAAGGAUCAUCAAUUGCCAUUUUUGGCAGCC